UUCCUGCACUGUGAGGGUGUGAUUUCAAAGAAACACUGAGGAGGAGGAGCAGCUGCUCAACAGUCCAACCAGGAGACCAUGAAGAGAAGAACUGAGUGAGUUCAGACUCUCAACUUCCAGUCGACUGUCAGAGAAGGAGGAGCAGCCUGACUGAAGAUGAGUGAUGUGGGUGAAGAGGAGGACAGAGCAGAGUCUGUGGACAGGGAAGAGACGCCAGCUGCUCCUGCAGAGUCCAGGAGCAGAUACACAGCAGAGUCUUCAGGAUUCAGCAGGUUGUCUCUGAAGAGUGACUGGUCCAAAGGUUGGCUACCAGACUUCAGUGGUGAACCUGGACCUUCAGACACAAAGAGCAGACCCACAGCAGAGUCUUCAGGAUCCAGCAGGUUGUCUCUGAACAGUGACCAGUCCAAAUAUCUUCCACCAGACUUCAGUGGUGAACCUGGACCUUCAGACAGUGGUGUCCACAGAGAGAAGAAGAGCAGUGAUGUCUGUGAGGAGCAGCAGGACCAGGGUUCUUCAUCAGGACUGCAGCAGCUUCUAGAAGAACAUAAGAAGAGUCUGAGGAGGAGAUGUGAACGUGUGACUGAAGGAAGUGAUGAAGCAGGAGGAGGAAGCCUCCUCAACAGGAUCUACACUGAGCUCCACAUCACAGAGGGACUCAGUGAGGAGCUUCAGAGGGAACCUGAGCUGAAGCAGCUGGAGACAGCUUCCAGGAAGGAGAGCCUCCAUCACACUGCCAUCAGGGUUCAGGACAUCUUCAAAGCCUCGGCCCAGCAGCUCAGACACAUCCGAGUGGUUGUGACCAGCGGCGUGGCCGGCAGCGGAAAAACCUUCUUGGUGCACAAGUUCACUCUGGACUGGGCCGAGGGCCUGGAGAACCAGAAUGUCAGUGUGCUGGUUGUUCUCUCCUUCAGGGAGCUGAACCUGAUCAGAGAGCGGCCGUACAGUCUUCUCACGCUGCUCCAUGUUUUCCAUCCGGCGCUCCAGAAGCUGACGGCAGAGGAGCUGGCUGUCUGCAAGCUGCUGUUCAUCUUUGACGGUCUGGAUGAAAGCAGACUUUCUCUGGACUUCAGCAGCAAACAGCGGCUGGUUGACGUCUCCCAGCAAUCUUCAGUCAGCCUGCUGCUCACUAACCUCAUCCGGGGGGAUCUGCUGCCCUCGGCUCGGGUCUGGAUCACUUCCAGACCUGCAGCAGCCAAUCAGAUCCCUCCAUCAUGUGUGGACAGACUGACAGAAGUGCGAGGCUUCACUGACGCCCAGAAGGAGGAGUACUUCAGGAGGAGGCUGAGUGACGAGGAGCUGAGCAGCAGAAUCAUCUCCCACAUCCAGACCUCCAGGAGCCUCCACAUCAUGUGUGGAAUCCCAGUCUUCUGCUGGAUCACUGCUACAGUUCUGGAGCACAUGUUGAGCAGCGAGCAGAGAGGAGAGCUGCCCCAGACCCUGACUGACAUGUACUCCCACUUUGUGCUGGUUCAGACACACAGGAAGAAGCUCAAGUACCAUGAAGGACCUGAGACGGGUCCACAGGAGCUGACGGAGGCUGACAGGGAGCUUCUUCUGAAGCUGGGCAGGAUGGCCUUGGAACAUCUGGAGAAAGAAAACAUCCUGUUCUACCAAGAAGACCUGGAGCAGUGUGGUCUGGAUGUGACUGAGGCCUCGCUGUUCUCUGGAGUUUGUUCUCAUAUCUUCAAAAGAGAGUCUGUGAUCUUCCAGAAAGCCGUCUACAGCUUCGUCCAUCUGAGUGUUCAGGAGUUUCUGGCUGCAGUCUUCAUGUUCCACUGUUUCACCAACAGGAAGACAGACCGACUGAAGACCUUCCUCAGAGAGAAAAAUAGUUUUUUUGUUGAAGUGUUGAAGUUACUCAGAAAGGAUGAUGAUGUUGAUGAUGCUCUCUCAUCUCUGGAUGAGUUCCUGAAGAAAGUCCUGCAGAAAUCCCUCAGAAGUCAGAACGGCCACCUGGACCUGUUUGUCCGCUUCCUUCAUGGCCUCUCUCUGAAAUCCAACCAGAGACUCUUAGAAGGUCUGCUGGGUCGGACAGAGAUCAGUCCAGAAACCAUCCAGAGAGUCAUCCAGAACCUGAAGGAGAUCAACAGUGAUGAAAUGUCUCCUGACAGAAGCAUCAACAUCUUCCACUGUCUGAUGGAGAUGAAGGACCUCUCAGUCCAUCAGGACAUCCAGAAGUUCCUGAAGUCAGAGAACAGAUCAGAGAAACUAUCUGAGAUCCACUGCUCAGCUCUGGCCUACAUGCUGCAGAUGUCAGACCAGGUCCUGGAGGAGUUGAACCUGGAGGAGUACAACACAUCAAAGGAGGGACGACGGAGGCUGAUCCCAGCUGUGAGGAGCUGCAGGGAGGCUCGACUUUCUGACUGUGGACUCUCUGAUUCUCACUGUGAAGUGAUCUCCUCAGCUCUGAAGUCUGACCCCUCCCAUCUGAAACAUCUGGACCUGAGUUACAACAAGCUGCAUGAUUCAUCAGUGAAGAUUCUGUGUUCUGGACUGGAGAGUCCAAACUGUAACCUGGAGACUCUGUGGUUGUGGGACUGCAUUUUGUCAAAGAUCAGCUGUUCUUCUCUGGCCUCAGCUCUGAAGUCCAACCCCUCCCUCCUGAAACAUCUGAAACAUCUGGACCUGAGUGAGAACCGUCUGCAGGAUUCAGGAGUUGAGCAGCUGUGUGGUUUUCUGGAGAGUCCACUCUGCAGUCUGGAGACUCUGAGGUUGAGGAGCUGCAGUUUGUCAAAGAUCAGCUGUUCUUCUCUGGCCUCAGCUCUGAAGUCCAACCCCUCCCUCCUGAAACAUCUGAAACAUCUGAGCCUGAGUGAGAACCAGCUGCAGGAUUCAGGAGUUGAGCAGCUGUGUGGUUUUCUGGAGAGUCCACUCUGCAGUCUGGAGACUCUGAGGUUGAGGAGCUGCAGUUUGUCAGAGAUCAGCUGUUCUUCUCUGGCCUCAGCUCUGAAGUCCAACCCCUCCCUCCUGAAACAUCUGAAACAUCUGGACCUGAGUUGGAACCGUCUGCAGGAUUCAGGAGUUGAGCAGCUGUGUGGUUUUCUGGAGAGUCCACUCUGCAGUCUGGACACUCUGUGGUUUGAGGACUGCAAGUUGUCAAAGAUCAGCUGUUUUUCUCUGGCCUCAGCUCUGAAAUCCAACCCCACCCACCUCAAACGUCUGAACCUGAGCUUCACCCAGCUGCAGGAUUUAGGAGUUGAGCAGCUGUGUGGUUUUCUGGAGAGUCCACUCUGCAGUCUGGAGACUCUGAGGUUGCUUGACUGCAGUUUGUCAAAGAUCAACUGUUCAUCUUUGACCUCAGCUCUGAAGUCCAACCCCUCCCUCCAGAAACAUCUCAAGCUUCUGGACCUGGGUUACAACCAGCUGCAGGAUUCAGGAGUUGAGCAGCUGUGUGGUUUUCUGGAGAGUCCACUCUGCAGUCUGGACACUCUGAGGAUGAAGCACUGCAAGUUGUCAAAGAUCAGCUGUUCUUCUCUGGCCUCAGCUCUGAAGUCCAACCCCUCCCUCCUGAAACAUCUGAAACAUCUGGACUUGAGUGAGAACCAGCUGCAGGAUGCAGGAGUUGAGCAGCUGUGUGGUUUUCUGGAGAGUCCACUCUGCAGUCUGCAGACUCUGGGUUUGAGGAGCUGCAGUUUGUCAAAGACCAGCUGUUCUUCUCUGGCCUCAGCUCUGAAGUCCAACCCCUCCCACCUAAAACUGCUGGACCUGCGCAAAAACCAGCUGCAGGAUCCAGAUGUGAAGCAGCUCGUUGAUCUUCUGAAGAGUCCAGACUGCAGCCUGAAGGGUUUCUGGUGGAAGAAACAGAUCCACUGAGAGCAGAGAGGAAGCUGUGUGUCCUGAAG